CUUCGUGUGGUUGAUGCUGAACAUGUAAGAAGAGACUUUCUUUCAUUCAUCAAUGAUAUUUGUAUUUUGUAAGCAGAUAUUUUUAGUUAGCUUGCUCAGUUUGGCAAUAUUGAAAAAGUUUUACAGAAGCUGAAUUGCACAAAAAGAUAUGUGUGAACCAGGAUCAUGCGCAAGAAGGAAUCUCUGGGUGAUAAUCACAAACGUAUUAAUUGUUGUUUUACUCGGAGUGGUUGCUGGAGUGGCCAUUGCUGUGUACAUGCAGCAGAAUAGCAAGGCAAGUGGUGGUAUUGAAACCACCACACACAAUACUUCUAGCGCCAACAGUACUGCUGCGGAAAUUACUACGCAAAAUGCAGGGAGUGCCAAUACCCAACCGACAAGUCAGAAUAACAUCCUAGAAUUAACUACUCAAAUUGUGGGGAGUACCAACCAUCAACCAACAACUCAGAAUAUCAACUCAGAAUUAACUACUCAAAUUGUGGGGAGUACCAAUCAUCAACCAACAACUCAGAAUAUCAACUCAGAAUUUACUACUCAAAUUGUGGGGAGUACCAAUCAUCAACCAACGACCCAGAAUAAUCCUUCUGAAACGACUCCCGCCCCAAGUAUGCUACCAGAUUGUCAGAGUAGAGUCAACAAUGUUUCUAUCGCUGGAGCCAACAUAUCAUGGAUCAAUAACACCGGAUCGUGCAUGUUCGCUUUCUACUAUCGACCAACAUUAAUAACCUACAACAAGAGUGCUUCAUUUUGUGAGAAGAACGGUGGAAGUAUCGGGCAAAUUGAUAAUGCACGUACACAUGAGAAAACUAAUGCCGCGAUUCGCAGCCUCACUUCAGACUUUCCUGUUUACAUUUGGAUUGGAUUGCAAAUUGAUCCUGUGAGUCGAAACACAACGUUCCCCAGUUCAAGAGCCUAUACCAAUUUCCAGGAAAUAAACCCUAAUCCAGAAUAUACUAACGUCAUUGCAUAUGUUACAAAUUCGACCGGAUAUAUGAAAAAUGUAUCCCCAAAAAUAAGUAAUCGGGGUGCUAUUUGCUUCCUAUAAGCUGAUUAAUUUAUCUGUAUGAACUUCGCCUUCAACCAAGAGUUUAGUAGAGAAAUUCGGCAAGUUUCUUUUGCGGGAAAAUUCUUGCCAUCGUCCGUUUACAAGAAUGCUGUUUUCUUUUACAAUAUAUAUGACAUUUUAAAAACAAAAUAUGUGUUACUACCAGAAACCUAUUUAAAUACAUAAUUGUAUUCGUCAUUAUAAUAAAUAAAAAAUAAAAAAAUUUUCAAUCAUAAAACUCUAAUCCGGCUGUUAAAUUUCAUUGCAAAACUAACAAUAUUAAUAGAAUUCAAGUUUGCAAUUAUGAAAAGCUUGUAGAAAGUCAAUGACGUUUUUCAUGCAAUUAUUUGGUUCAGAAUAACAUUGAUCCGAAUAAAAUAAACAUGAGGGUUAGAUUACUCUGAUUGCUUUUCAAAGAUGUUUUAAAUUCUUUGUUUGCAAACUAGUUUUAAACCUAGCUACAUUGAAAAUGAGUAACAUUUUCAUUUUAUGUGGUGUAGUGAACCUUCUGUUGAACUCUGGCUUUUUGUAUGACUGCUUUAAUAAAAUAGAAGUCAAUUGAUAUUGCGGUAUUCAGAAAUGGCAAAAAUGAGCAAUAAAACCGAAGACAA